CACCUGCAAAGGUGCAAAAUUAGAGGAUAAUAAAAAAAGUAGUCGGAAAUUAACGCAACCUCGUUGCUUCUGUCAGAUCUUUUUAACUUUUUUACUUUAAAUAUGUGCAAAAAUGAGCAUUGCAUUUAAUGAUUUUUUUCAGAUCAAUCACCUAAAUGAUAGCCAUAAGCAUUUGAUGGUGCAAUGGAUAGGUAAGGGUAGCGACGUAAUUAUUUGUUUGGCUCGCGAUCCUCCUACAUCGUAUGAAACUGAUGUUAUGAACUCCUCCAGCGUUUAUAUAUCUUAUGAUUACGGUAAUACCUACGAAAAUAAAACUGAAUUAUUCAAAAUUUCGAAUAAAACGUAUUCUGUCGUGGAGAAGUUCUACAACCAUGAAAAGUACAACACUCAUUUUGUCUUUACGGACUUGAAAAAUAAAGUCUUAUUUACGACCAAGAAUCAUGGAAGAGAUAUUAAAAAAGUGCAGUUGAAAUUUACGCCCAGUGAAGUAUCUUUUCACGAAUUUCAGCCCCAAAUUUUCCUGAUUUUGGACAAAGUUGAUUCUAAACGGCCUCUUUACCUUACUGAAGAUUUCGGAGAUAGUUGGCAGAUAGUAGAUGAGUUUGUGGAAUCUUUUCACUGGAUUUCUGAAGAUAGCACUAAACUUAGAUUAGUAUUGCAAAGGAAUGAACCAGGGGGUUGGAGCAGUAUUUUUUAUUGUAUGGACAUAACAAAGGACAAAAGGUGGCAUUUGUAUGCCACUGAAGUUAAACAUUUUUUCGUGAAAGAGGAUUACAUUUUCUUUACCAAAAAUGCCAGCAAGGUAAGAGCUUAUAAAAGAAACUAUAUCUGUAAAGAUUUAGACUAACAAAAAAA